CGUGGGAAAGCAGUCUGAAGUAUUUUAAAGUGCUGGCACAGGAUGUUGGGUACUCUUAGUCUUCAAGUAGCAGUACGAACAACAGUAUCAAUAACUGAUUUACUGGGCGUUGCAGCACUGUCUUUUUUUGGACUGACAACUCUUGGGACGUUAGUGCCGAGUACCGACGACGCACCACAUACCUACAGAAAGGGACAGUACUUUUUUUGGAAGAAUGAAACGAAGCCACCAGAACGAUUAUAGCUCAUCCGACAGUGAACUCGAUGAGACGAUUGAAGUGGAGAAGGAAAGUGCAGAUGAAAAUGGCAACUUAUCUGCUCCGGGUUCAAUGUCUCCAUCCACAACAUCUCAGAUUCUUGCACGAAAAAGACGCAGAGGAAUUAUUGAAAAACGUCGUCGAGAUCGAAUUAAUAAUAGCUUAACUGAACUGAGGAGGCUGGUUCCUAGUGCCUUUGAGAAGCAGGGUUCUGCUAAGCUUGAAAAAGCAGAGAUUUUGCAAAUGACAGUGGAUCAUUUAAAAAUGCUUCAUGCUGCAGGUAGCAAAGGUUAUUUUGAUGCCCACGCUCUUGCUAUGGACUACCGGAGUCUUGGGUUUCGAGAAUGUCUAGCAGAAGUAGCUCGUUACCUCAGCAUUAUUGAAGGGAUGGAUACCUCUGAUCCACUGCGAGUUCGCUUGGUCUCCCACCUCAACAACUAUGCCUCUCAGUGGGAAGUGGUGAGCAGUGCUCACUCCAGCAUAGGACAUCUUCCCUGGGGUUCUGCAUUUGGACAUCACCCUCACCUUUCACAUUCAUUGCUUCUGUCACAGACUGGCCACAGUAAUGGCAACAGUGCUGUCUCCACUACAGAAUCUCACCACCAGAGUCGACUGGCAGCUACAACACAUGCAGAAACAUCAGCGCUUAGAGUUCCUCCUAAUGGAACAGUAGCACCAAUGGUGCCUGUUGUGUCUUCCACUUCCAAACUGUCCCAGCCUCUACUGUCUUCCAUGACAUCUCUGUCUGCAUUCCCCUUCUCCUUUGGUGCCUUCCAUUUGCUGUCGCCUAGCACACUUAGUCCGUCUUCUCAAACACAGACCACCAGCUUAGGCAAACCUUACAGACCAUGGGGAACGGAGAUCGGUGCUUUUUAAAAACUGGUAUCAACAUCUUUGUUAAUAAUUAAAAAAUCAUUAAAUGUUAAUAUAACUCAGCUGAGCUGGGGUUUUGGACAGUAUGACUGUAAAUGAAUAUAUAUGUAUCACCUGUUGCAGUAUUGCAGCUGCUUGGUUACAUUUGCAGGCAUGUACACAUAAAACGAUUAAUGUGUAACGUUACAAUCUGUAGGUCACAAUAAAUCAAAGGCUUUAGGCAAUUUUAAUAGCCAUUUGUUCUAGGUUAUUCUGGUAAAAUUCUUAGAGCAAAAUAUUGAUUAUAAUGCACAUUGUUUUAAAUUUAUGUGUAUAAUCCUGUAAAGGGAUGGGAUUUUUCCCAGAACAUAGUUGCAACCUAACAUUUUAUUAGUUUUUUUAAGUAAUCUGUUAUUUUCUACAUACAUCUUUGAAACAUGUACAUGUGUAGCAACACAUGCCAUAAAGUCUUACAUUUUGCAGAAAAGAGUAAAUUGUAUUUCAGCAUGGAAAGCUAUGCUGAUUCAUAUUUUUAUUUGUUGUAAUAUUAAAAUGUUAUAAAGAUUCUUUUGUAAACUAUAUUUUGUAUUUUUUAUUUCUGAAGAAAGCCUUGACAAAUCAGAUUUGGCAGCUUUAAAUCCGAGAGGAGAUGUCUGUGUAUAGAGCAGCGGGUGCAGGAUAUCUCCUGUACACUCUAGAAGUAUACGGUACAGUUUGCUUCCUGUUGUAAUAAUCUGAUGUGGUUCAAUAAAAAAACAUAACCAUA